AAUUUCCCUAUUUGAUAUAAUUUUUUCUUGUAUUAUAUAUUUAAUUUUUUUCUAAUAUAAAAUAUAUCCCGUGCAUUUUGCACAGGUACACUCUAGUUUUCAUAAAUGAUUAAUUAAAAGUAACAAUGGUUUAGUGGUUUUUUUUUUCCUUUUAAAAAAUAGUCACCUCCUCCGCCAUCACCUUCAUCCCCAUAUCAUCCAAACCUAGCCACCACCACAUCCACCCUCACCUUUUCACCUGAACAAUAACCGCCCCAAACAAAAAUUCAAUCCUACCCCAAUUGAACCCGAACCCCCCACAUGAACUACCAAAACUCUACCCGAACCACUUGAUUAGAGGGACUUUACCUCUAAUCGCCAAAACUUCACACAACUCUCACUUGAUUUGACGACGUCUUGAGUAGUGAGCUACGGUGGUUGUCUGAGGAUUAAGCAGUAGGCGCCAUUAGUAGUGGGGAUUUGGGUCACGUAGGGUGGGAGGAUUAGCAUUUCGAUUGAGGUAGGUAAGGGUUUUGGGUGUGGUGGGGUGGUGGGGGCUGUGUUGGUUGUUGCGGUGGUUUUUUACAAGUGUUUUUUUGUUUCUAAAAUUCUAACCAUAAAUAAUAAUAACCAAUUGUAUCCCUAGUGAGAGGACUAUUAUAUUCUCAAAAUAUUUGAUUCGUGCUUGUGAUUUAAUAAUUUGACUCUUGUGAAUAGUGUUUGGAAAAUUAUACCUUCUAUAAUUUUUAUUUAUUUAUUUGUCUGUAUAAUUGUUAUUUGUUUUUUAAGGACUCAUUAGAAUAUUGUGUAAAAUAUAUGCUUACAUAUUUAAUAUUUUCUCUCAUUAAUAUUGCUAAGAACGGAGAGGCAAAGGACUUUUCGAACAUGGCUAAAGAUAAUGGACACAUCGCGCGUGUUAGCUACUUUUAGUAUGAAAAUAAUUUAUUUGAGGAAAUAUAAUCUUAAUUAAGGUCAUUGUGUAGUAAAAGAAAGAAAAAAAGGUCAACCAUUCAAUGUACCAGAAAGAAAGCGUUGCCAUUGAGAAUCGAAUUUUCUUUCAAAGUUUUAUAAUACCAACUUUAAAACUCAAGAUCACCUUUUUCUUUUGUGCUGUUUUUCAAGGGAUGUUUGGUCUUCUCCGGCUGUCAGUAACUGGGUUGGACCUCCUAUCUCUGCUUCUUCAAUGCAUGCCCUUUUUCGCUCUCUUAAAAGUUCCUCCCCUUGUAUUCCCAAGGUUGUCAUUAUGUUAUGGAGCCUUUGAAAAAGACGUAAUGCAUUUUCUUAAGCAUUCUUUUCCUACUAUUGAUAAUGUCUUCUGUCAUGUAUUUUCCCUUUUUCAAGAAUGGCAAGCUCGUUCUCUUAUGAAUAACCUCCAAUCUCCUGAUUUUCCUGUUCACUCCUCGCAUACCCACUCCGCCCCUUCUUUUAUUUCGUGGGCCUCUACCCCUCUGGGAUUUUGUAAACUUAACUUUGAUGGGUCAUCUUCCACCAAUUCGGCAACUGCUGGGAAAUUUCAAUUGCCCUUGGAAACUGCAGCUACUCAUGGCCGAAUGUCACCAAGAUUCUCGAGUCAUUUGUGGCUUUCGAUUCCCGCCACAUUUACCAUGAAGAAAAUCGUGCAAUAGAUUAUGUUGCUUCUCUAGACUAUUCUACUUCGACAAAUCAAGAUAUUGACCCGUUUAUAGACAACAAGUUUUCUUAUUUUUUACUUUUUGACAAAUUAGGUUAUAGUCUUGUGAGAAAACCUUCCUAAUUUUCCCUGUAUUUUACUUUAAAAAAAUAAAUAAUAUCGACUUUAAAUAUAUAUUUACUUAGGUCAUGUUUGGUGGUAGCAUUUGAGGUAGUAAUUGGCGUUUUGAUCGGCUCAAAACACUACUAGAAAAAAAAAUAUCAGUGUUUGGUAAGGUAGCGGUCUGAGUAGCGGUUAGCGGUAGAGGUAGUGUUUAGGUAGCUUUUCUCAAACGUUAAAAAAAUAUAUCAGCGUUUAAGAGUAGCGUUUAUUAAUUUUUGCUUAGUUUUUUUUUUUUUUUUUUGGAAAUUUUCAAAUAAUUUGCAAAUUGCAGUCAUUCAA